AUGCAUCGCAGGCACACCACCCUGCGAGAGAAGGGGCGUCGCCAAGCCAUCCGAGGCCCCGCCUACAUGUUCAAUGAACGAGGCACAAGUCUUACAACAGAGGAGGAGCGAUUCCUCGAUGCUGCGGAAUACGGUAACAUUCCUGUCGUCCGCAAAAUGUUGGAUGAGUCGAAAACUCUAAAUUUCAACUGCGUGGACUACAUGGGCCAGAACGCAUUGCAGCUAGCCGUUGGCAAUGAGCACCUGGAGGUCACCGAGCUACUCCUGAAGAAAGAGGGGAUGGCACGCAUUGGCGACGCGCUCCUGUUGGCUAUCAGCAAAGGCUACGUUCGUAUCGUGGAGGCUAUAUUGGCUCAUCCGGCAUUCGCAGGUGGUUUGAGGCUAACCUUGAGUCCAUUGGAGCAGGAAUUGAGGGAUGAUGACUUCUACGCAUAUGAUGAGGACGGAACACGUUUUUCACACGACGUAACGCCAGUGAUUCUUGCCGCACACUGUCAGGAGUACGAAAUCGUACACAUUUUGUUGAUGAAGGGCGCCAGAAUCGAACGGCCGCACGAUUACUUCUGCAAGUGCUGCGAGUGUACGGAGAAACAGAAGCGCGACUCUUUCAGUCACUCUAGAUCGCGCAUGAAUGCGUACAAAGGGCUCGCUAGCGCCACCUACCUGUCGCUGUCCAGCGAAGAUCCAGUCUUGACAGCGCUAGAGCUCAGCAAUGAACUUGCGCGACUCGCCAACAUAGAGACUGAGUUUAAGAAUGAAUACAGAAAGCUGUCUAUGCAGUGUAAAGACUUUGUGGUGGGUGUUCUGGAUCUCUGUCGAGAUACAGAGGAAGCGGAGGCCAUUCUGAACGGUGACGUGGAUCAGAACCCCCCCAGAGACCACCAAAGACCCUGUCUGAGCCGGGUCAAACUCGCCAUCAAAUAUGAAGUCAAAAAGUUUGUCGCUCAUCCAAACUGCCAGCAGCAGCUGUUGACGAUCUGGUAUGAGAAUCUCUCCGGUCUCCGGCAGCAGUCCAUCGGUGUGAAGUGUUUGACGGUUCUGGGUGUAACUGUCGGCCUGCCAUUUCUCGCCAUUACAUACUGGAUCGUGCCAUGUAGCAAGCUGGGUCAGAUAUUACGGAGUCCCUUCAUGAAGUUUGUAGCUCAUGCCGUGUCUUUCACCAUCUUUCUGGGUCUGCUGAUUGUGAACGCAUCGGACCGAUUUGAGGGGGUGAAGAACCUCCCGAACGAGACAAUAACAGACCACCCUCGACAAGUGUUCCGUGUCAAGACCACACAGUUCUCCUGGACGGAGCUGCUCAUUAUGAAAUGGGUGCUAGGAAUGAUUUGGUCAGAGUGUAAGGAGAUCUGGUCUGACGGUCCACGGGAGUACGUCAUGCACCUGUGGAAUGUUCUAGAUUUCGGGAUGCUGUCGAUCUUUGUGGCCUCGUUCACGGCUCGUCUCAUGGCGUUCCUCAAAGCAUCAAAAGCUCAACUCUACGUCGACCUGCACGUCCCCAAUCACGACAUCAGCAAUGCAUCCCUUCCUGCGGACAUCGCCUACUUCACAUAUGCGAGGAACAGAUGGAGACCAUCAGAUCCACAGAUAAUCUCUGAGGGUCUCUACGCCAUCGCGGUGGUCCUGAGCUUCUCUCGUAUCGCUUACAUCCUCCCUGCCAAUGAGAGCUUCGGCCCGCUGCAGAUCUCACUGGGUCGCACGGUGAAGGACAUCUUCAAAUUCAUGGUCAUCUUCAUCAUGGUGUUCGUCGCAUUUAUGAUCGGCAUGUUCAACCUUUACUCAUAUUACCUGGGGGCCAAAUACAACCCCGCCUUCACCACGGUUGAAGAGAGUUUCAAGACUCUGUUCUGGUCUAUAUUUGGUCUGUCUGAAGUGAUUUCUGUGGUUCUGAAAUAUGAUCAUAAGUUUAUUGAGAACAUCGGGUAUGUGCUGUAUGGGGUUUAUAACGUCACUAUGGUGGUGGUUCUACUCAACAUGCUCAUCGCCAUGAUCAACAGCUCCUACCAGGAAAUAGAGAAAGACGCUGAUGUGGAAUGGAAGUUUGCUCGUGCUAAACUCUGGUUGUCGUAUUUCGAUGAAGGUCGGACUCUCCCUGCACCCUUUAACCUGGUGCCCAGCCCAAAGUCCUUCUACUACCUGAUCAUCCAGGUUAAGUCCUGCCUCAUACGACUCUGCAAGGGCAAAGCGCAUCGUCAUGACAACGAGCUGGAGAUGGGCAUGCUGAACUCACGGCCAAAGUCUGAUCUCCAUCGAGCAAAUCUCAGGAGCAGAGAGGAGAAAACUGUAAAGAAACCCAUUAAAAACCCAACACGCUAUCAGAAGAUAAUGAAGCGUUUGAUUAAGCGGUAUGUUUUGAAGGCUCAGGUCGACAGAGAGAAUGAUGAAGUUAAUGAAGGUGAGCUGAAGGAGAUAAAACAGGACAUCUCGAGUCUACGCUACGAACUUCUCGAAGAGAAAUCUCAGGCGACGGGAGAACUCGCCGACCUCAUUCAAGAGCUCAGUGACAAGUUCGGCAAAAAUGCCAAAAAACAACCUUGA